CCCCAACAUGCAACAAACAUUCCCCCAAAUAACACAAACAAUAGGGUCAUUAUAGACAAUUAACACAUUUAUAAUACUGACAAACCCUAAUAUAUGCCAGUUAACAAAACCCCUGUUUUAAGUGUUUCCCCCAUCUUUAUAUUCACCAUAAUAUUCGCCGGAAACCUAACAAACCACCACAACAACCACCGUACAAACCCUAACCUACAUCAAAACACACACAAAUCCGCCAUGAAAGCCUCAAUGAAGUUCAGAGAGGAUCAAAAACCUCUAUUCCGAGCAAAAAUACCGCUCAACAUCCUCGGAUUCCCGUUCCAAUCCGGCAUCGUCGCCGGAGAAUCAAACGAACUCUCGUUGAAUCUCAGCACGUUCUUCGAAUCAGGUCCGUCGGUUAAAAUCGCGUAUCGUCCCAACGAUUCUUCGAAUCCAUUCAGUCUCGUGUUCAAAACCGGAAUCGGAAGCUUCGGAUCUCCGAUUUCAAGCGCUUUUAACAUGAGCGCUGAAUUUAACAUGAUCGGAGGAUGUCAGAACCCUAGCUUUUUCGUGCAUUUCAAACCACAAUUCGGCGACUUCUCCGUGAAGAAAACGCACUCGUCAGUGUUUAAAAAGAGGAUCCACGGCGGAAACGGCAGCGGCGGUGGCGGACCGGUUUCCGAUGAAGAUGCGCCGGUGAUCGUUGACUUGUUUGACUCCGGCAAGAAGUUUUCGGCAAUCUCCGCUUCUCCGGCGGCCGGAGUUUUGAAAACCGUGUGUUCCGACGUUGAACUGUCGGCAACCACGGCAGUUCCGUUGCGAAAAACGGCGACGUUGAAUUUCCGGUGGGGACUCCGGCUGCCGGAGACGGAGGAUACGGCGACAGUGUUGAUGAAGAAGAGUGACAAAUCAACGGCUGUGAUUUCGUUCCAGAAGCUUCCGAUAUUGUUAAUUAACAAGAUCGGGAUUGAACAUAUGGCACGUGGUGAUUCUAGGAGUGUUGGUAAAGUUGGCCAGCUGGAUGCUGACGUGGCGGAUGCGUUUUGGGGGGUUAAGAAACAGUUGGAGAUUAUUCAAGCGGAAAACGGGACGUUAAGGAAGAGUUUGGAGGGUUUGAAGAGUGAGUUUUCUGCCGUUAAGUUUGUGACUAACGGCGUUAAGGUUAAAGGAGAUAAGAGCGGUAGUAGUAAUAACAAUAAUAAGGAAGUGAUAGCGAGUUUUGGCGGGAAGGCUGUGGAGGGUGAUAUUGUGAAUGAUGAAUAGAAGAAUGGUUUGAUUGGUAUUUGUUAUGUUUGAUUAAGUUAAAAUCAAUCAAAAUUGUGGUUUUGAUUGAUUAAUUUUGUAUUGUUUAAGGUGGUUAAAAUAAGGUUGUUAAUGUGCAACCUGUUAUGCAUUUGGCAUGUCUUUUUGAAAAUUUUUAGUAAAUUGUGAUUUUGGUACC